CGUCUCAUUUUGUCCAUUUCCUGUUUGUCUCUAGUGUCCGACAUCCUGGACCUCCUGAACCAGCCUGUACUGGGCCCCCAGUUCCCCCAGAUCACCGACCUCUCUCAGGGGACCAGUGAAGCGGUCCAGGGCAGCGGAGACGUGGAUUCUCAGGAUGUUUCUCCCAUCGACCUGCCUCCGAGUGUCAGCUUCAUCAAUGGAAAACACGAGGUGACAUUUGAGCCAGAGGUGCCAGAGGAAGCCAGAGGAGAUCAGUUUGAGACGGCCACACCUGUCCAGGUAGAGGAGGUGGAGGAGACGGAGGAGGACGAGAGCAUGACUCCUUUUGACUACGGGGUCAUAGACGUACACACAGAGGAGACACCUACAGAGACAUCUACAGAGGGGACAUCUGCAAAGGAGAUGCCUACAGAGGAGACACAUACAAAGGAGACGCAUACAAAGGAGACGCCUACAAAGGAGACGCCUACAAAGGAGACUCCUACAAAGGAGACGCAUACAAAGGAGACGCCUGCAAAGGAGACUCCUACAAAGGAGACGCAUACAAAGGAGACGCAUACAAAGGAGACGCCUGCAAAGGAGACGCCUGCAAAGGAGACGCCUGCAAAGGAGACGCCUACAAAGGAGACGCCUGCAAAGGAGACGCCUGCAGAGGAGACGCCUACAGAGGAGACGCCUACAAAGGAGACGCCUGCAAAGGAGACGCCUGCAAAGGAGACGCCUGCAAAGGAGACGCCUGCAAAGGAGACGCCUGCAAAGGAGACGCCUGCAAAGGAGACAGCUGCAAAGGAGACAGCUGCAAAGGAGACAGCUGCAAAGGAGACAGCUGCAAAGGAGAUGCUUACAAAAGAGACGCCUGCAGAGGAGACGCCUGCAGAGGAGACGCCUACAGAGGACACCAGUGACAGAGUCCCUCAUCAUACGGUCACAUACCCAGACGUUGUCCCUGAUGACUUUGAAGGAGUCAAAACUCAAGAACCAGGUGAUCAGACGGCAACAAGAACCACCACCACGACCCCGCAUACUCUCCCCGUCUCAUCACCACCAGGCCUGGUGUCCCCCGGUGUCUCUCAGCCUGUCUCCACCUAUGAGGACAUGGAGGGCUCCGCGGGCCGCGGCGACGACGAGGAGGCCAGCGCCGCUCGUGAGGGCUCUGCAGACGACGCCGCGCCCACGCCGGCCGCAGGAAGCCAGUCCGCCGUCAUGACCGACGAGACAGAAAUAGGUGCCACGGAGCCUCCUACUUUUGUCCCUGAAACACCGGAAACCACCACACAGACCCGAAUGGAAGACUCCGAAGGGUCGGCAUCCGGAGAAGACGAGGCCUCGGGACAAGAGGCCUCGGGACAAGAUCCUCCGGAGACGCCCGGCUUCACCGGCACGCCACCGCCGGUUUACUCCACCACCCUCCACACCCAGCGACCUCAACCUGCUGACCCGGUCACAGAGGUGGGCUCAGGUGCAGAGCAGCUGUCCGGAGAGGGGGAGGUUUCUGGGACACAGGGUGGUCCGGUUGACCCUAAAGAGGUCACUGUUACCAUUUUACCAGAUGUGGCAGCUGUGACUUUUGGAGACCGAACCACACUUGCCACAGACAUGACCCUCCACGUCCUCGCUGCCACAGAUGAUAAGAAACAUCCCGCUGUUACCUCUGAGCCCACAACCACUGAAGACCACCACCAACCUGGCGUCGCGCAGUCCACCACAAGCUCCUCGCAGUACGUCACCUCGCCCUUGUACACUUUCGACCACAAGACCCACUCCGUCCCCCAGUGGGCUCUGGUCCCUGAUCCCGCUGCCACCCCUCUGCCCGGGGAGGACUUUGUGGACUAUGACUCUCGUCUGGUGGAGGCGCUCCCACAGACACCAGGAGAGACCUCGACCACGGAGCGGCCGGAGAGCAGCACCGACUCAGCGGAUUCUGUGGAAGUCAGCACGGUGGACGUCAGAGAUCUGCUGCCGUGCUCUACCAGUGUGUGUCACAAUGGAGGAUCCUGCUACCAGAAGAACACACAAAACAUCUGCGUCUGUGCACCUGGAUACACUGGGAGGCACUGUGAAACAGAGGUGGAUCAGUGCCAGUCUAACCCCUGUCUGAAUGGAGCCACCUGCCUGGAUGGAGUGGACUCCUUCACCUGUCUCUGCCUGCCGAGCUACUCAGGAGAGCUCUGUGAGCAAGACACGGAGGUUUGUGGAUUCGGGUGGAAGAAGUUUCAGUCUCACUGCUAUAAGUACUUCACACACCGGCGGACGUGGGACACUGCUGAGAGGGAGUGUCGGCUGCACGGCGCCCACCUGACCAGCAUCCUGUCUCAGGAGGAGCAGCUGUUCGUCAACCGUAAGUCCACCAGGGGGCGACUCCUCUG